UGGUCGAAGAGACGCUUCACUCCCGCUGCACGCUACACACAAGGCAAACGCAGCUGCACACACGCACACUCGUCUGGGAAAACAAGCUGUCGACGAAUUAAGUCGGGCGUGUUCGUGGAAUCCUUCGCAUUUCUUUGGAUAUUCCCAUCAAACGGAGAACAGAAGGCAACAUGUCUCACAACGUCACCGUCACCCGGACGACAACAACCGUGACCACCACUUCGGCUAUCCUGCUGAACACGGGCUAUUUAAAGACGACGUCCGGAAUCCUCAAACUCUUGCAACUGAUUCUGGGAUGCGUCAUCGUCGGAUUGGUCGGCCACUAUUUCGUCCGCAGCAACCCGUAUUACUUCACGGCGGAGCUAUUUCUAUUAUUGAUCGCCACAACCUGUUUGAUCACGACGACCUGCUUGCUGAUCAGCUGCCUUUUGUCCAUCUCAACGGCCACCAUUAUCGCCAAGACCAUGUUUGAACUAGUCUACCAUGGGAUCGCCUUCUGUCUUUACCUGGCGUCAUCCGUCUACAUGCUCGUGCAGGCGUCGCCCUAUCAGAAUUACAGAGAUCCGAAGAUAAGCGCCAUGAUUGCGGCCGGGGUCAGCAUGCUUCUCAUUCCCGAAAGUGUCCUCUACCUGUGUGCCACUAUAUACCACUUGACGAUCAUUGUAUCGCGUAAUGCCGGAUACUCCGUCGCAGAGUACGGCUACAACAAUAAAAUUUUCGCCGGGGCAUUGGGAGCCAUCAACACAGGAUUAUAUUUCUUAAGUGCUCUCCUGGCCUUCCGCAUUUACAGACGUGUAUAAGCAACGCCCAAACGAACCAAACGCGAGCUUGAAAAAAAUCGAAUAUUCAAAAUCUCAUCUUUCUAUCUUUAUACGUGUUUUUUUAUUUAUUGCAGUCGUGACAUCACCGAUGAUCGCUUUCUAGUUAUUCACUUCAAGCUCACUGUCUAGAAUAUGUUCAUCAUUGAUUCAUACUACCAUUUCAUUCUUUUUUCAAGAGUUGAUUAAACUGCAUUAACCUGGCAUGGUGCUGUAAACGCAAUGUUCAAAUACAGAAAAAAAAGAGCUACGAUGA